CUAAUUUUUAAUCUGUUUCACUCUUUUUAGAUCAACACUUAAAUAAUAGUAAUUAUGAAUGUUGCUCAUGAAGUAGAACUUCUUGUCCAAGAAAUUAAACGACUUGGUACUCAAAAUGCAGAUGGAAACUAUGAAACAACAUUCGGUGUACUUUUUCAUGAUACUCGGUGUGCAAACAUAUUUGAAGCUCUUGUUGGAACUUUACGUGCUGCAAAAAGAAAGAAGAUAGUAACAUACGAGGGGGAGUUAUUGUUGCAGGGUGUUCAUGACAAUGUACCAGUGAUACUUUUAAGAAAUGACGAAUAGUGGAAAAUAUAUAAAUGUAAACAAACAAAUAAAGUGGGAAAGGGGACUUUUUAAUGCAUCAAAUUUUUAUUAGUUUUCUACGAAUAUACAUUUGUGUACUUUAUUGCUUUAACUCUGUUAUGGUAGUAUUUAUUAUCAAUAAAUAAAUGUUUUUCAAGAUA